AUGAGUGAUGGAACCGGGCAGCGGCCGGGCAGCGAUGGGCCGGACACCGAACCCGAGAGCUCGUCGGCCGGCCGGCAGCCGAGGGAUACCCCGGGGACUUCCUCCAGCGCCGCCAGCUCUUUGGACGAAUGCGGAGAAGUCAAACUGUCUCCCGGUGACCCCGAUUAUUGCCGAAGAAUUCUGGUCCGAGAUGCCAAAGGGACGAUCCGCGAGAUUGUGUUGCCCCGUGGCCUGGACCUGGACCGACCCAAGCGAACAAGGACGUCGUUCACCGCCGAGCAGCUCUACCGUCUGGAGAUGGUGUUCCGGCGCUGUCAGUACGUGGUGGGCCGGGAACGCACCGAGCUCGCCCGGCAGCUCGGUCUGUCCGAGACCCAGGUGAAGGUCUGGUUCCAGAACAGACGGACAAAGCAGAAGAAGGAACAGAGCAGGGACUAUGACAACAGAUCUCCCGGCACGUCUGAGUCCAAGGCCACCCGCAACAUCCUGCGGCUGCUGGAACAGAGACGACUGUUGCCCCCUCCACCGGCCGCCAGCCUGCUCCCCCAAGGACCCAGCUCGCUCGGACCCCCGGUGGGCAACGACGGCUGCGGCCUGGUCUCGUCCACCAGCAGCUCACCGGGGCUGGCCGGACCCCCCUUCAGCCUCUCUGCCCCUCCCCUCGCCACCUCCCCGCCCCAGAGGCCGGGCAGCACCCAGGAACUCUCAGCCGGCUACGGAGUGGGCACAUCGGCCUUUGAGCCUUACGCACGGACGGAACGCGGGGACAGUGGCCCAGAGAAGAGGCCAAGUUCAUAG